AUGACCAAUACACUUGAGUGUCAAAGACAGAUAGAUCACAGUGACUUAGAGCUCCUCUCUGUCUGUGCCGUCUCUUCCGUUCCAGAGGAUUUUCACACGGCGAGCUCAGACCAGGCGCUGGACGCUGAAGCCGGCGCGGACGUGAUCCUGCCGUGUGCCGCCGAGCCCCGAGCCGUCGGCCCCGAGGACCUCACCGUGGAGUGGAUCGUCCUCGGCCACGAGGAGCGCACCGACAGCGUCCACACCUUUAAGAACGGCCGGGACCGGAACAAGCGGCAGAUGGCCUCCUACCAGAACCGGACGGCGCUGUUCCACGACGAGCUGCAGAACGGCAACAUGUCGUUAAAACUCAGCGUGGUUAAAGCUUCAGACAGCGGGGACUACAUAUGCGUAAGAACAUCAAGGACAGGCCAGCAUUAUGCCAUCGUUAAACUUACGGUCCGAGUCCGAGGGUCCAAACCGGAGAUCUCCUCCGACUUCUGCGAAGAGGGCUGGUGCCGAUUGGUGUGUGAGUCGAGCGGGUGGAACCCCAAGCCUACAGCUGAUUGGCUGGAUGAUCAGCAGAGGAACCUGAACUCAGAGGUGGAGAAAGUGACGCUGGAGCCGGAGGACGGGUACACUGUGAAACGGCGCCUCCUGGUGGCCGAGGGCGGCAACAGCACCUUCACCUGCAGGGUGUCUGAGAAAGACCACGUGGUGGAGAAUACCUUUCAUAUUUAAAGACAAAGAGAAACAGGUGAUCGUUCACAUACUCAUCCGACCUCAUCCGACUUCUCCACCUCAUCAAACCUCGACAGACUUCCCAACCUCAUCAGACUUCCCCACCUCAUCAGACCUCGACAGACUUCCCAACCUCAUCAGACUUCCCCACCUCAUCAGACCUCGACAGACUUCCCAACCUCAUCAGACUUCCCCACCUCAUCCGACCUCAUCAGACUUCUCCACCUCAUCCGACCUCAUCAGACUUCUCCACCUCAUCAGACCUCUACAGACUUCCCCACCUCAUCAGACCUUGACAGACUUCCCUACCGUAUCUGUCUCCUCAGUUCCUGUAUGUCUUGAGUUUAGUUUAGUUUCAGUUUAGUUCAUUCAGUUUCUUCAGCUGAAGUCUUGGUUAUUGCCCUUGUGGAAUGAGACCUUAAACACUAUUACACUUUGAAAUACAGAUACAAAAUAGAGUAGAAUUUUUGUC